AACAGAAGUUCGAGUGAGAGAGCGUGCCAGUUUGUCGUGAAUACAUUGUAAACGUUUAGUUUUGUUUUUUCAUUAGUGCGCGCCAAAUGUGAUAUUGUUUGGAUAAAAGGAACAGAGGAAUGUUUGUGUAAUGUUCAUUAAAGCGUUCAUAACUGUCGAGAGGAAAGAAUUAUAAUCGGUGUCUUGUUUUCAGAGAAGGUUUUCUAUUAUUCGAAGACAUCAAAAGAAAAAAGAGAGAUAUAUAUAUCGAAGAAGGAAGCUUACAAUGUCAUCUAUGUGUCUUCAUCUGUCAAUUCUUGAGAAAAUGAGAAGAAGAUAAAUUAAAAAAGAAAGAGAGAGAUAGAGUGACAUUUUUUAGAACAUUAGAUAAAAUUAAUACUCGCACUCUUAUGGUUGAUAAUUAAAAGACUUUAAAUUGGAUUAAAAACUAAACAAUAAAGGGAGAGAGGGUGAGAUUAAAGUAAUAAAGAUAGCAUUUGAUAUCUUACUACUACUUGGUAAUGAACGAUUUAGAAAAGAACAAUAACGUAACAAUGAGUGAUGUCAAGGAGGAAAAAGAGAAGAUUAGGGAAAAUCAAGUGAUGGAGGAUGAUGGGAAAAUAGGGUCGAAGUUUAUAGACAAGUUUUCUGAUAAAUUAGACAAUGAGAAUGAUAAUGAGUCGAUAUCUAAGAUAAACGAAUGUAAUAGAUCAAUGUUAAGUGAAUCAAAAGAAGAAUCAACAACUAAAUACAGGGAUGUGUUAUCGGGUACUAGUGUAAAUCCUACGAGAAGGUCUAGCAUAGCUAGCGCAGCCAUUUGUUCAAGUUUGGCACCGAGUUUGGCUAGUGCUUUUCCAGGUGUGCCGAGUAAUUUAUUACCAAAGGUUCGAGAAAGCAAUUCAUUUGAUUUAAAAAGAAGUGCUACUCUCUCUAAUUUGUCAUUCGUCAAUGAUACUACAUUAGAAGUUAACGAUAAGGAAAAGGAAGAAAAGGAAGAUGAUAGGAUUAACAAGGAAAGAGAUCGGAAUGAUGAUGGAAAUGAUGGUAAACGUAAAUCAAAAUUAUCCUUCCUUCAUCUUCAUAUACCCGAAAGCGCUGCUACCACUGCUGCUGUUGCUGCUGCUGCUGGUGCUCGCUGGGAUCUUGAACUUGGUUACCAUCAUCAUCACCACUAUCAUCAUCAUCACGUAUUUCCACAUAUUCACGUACCCGUGAUUACGUUCACUGCCCCAUCGACCGAUGGAACAGGUCGAAAGUUCAACUUCGGCAUACGAAAACACUCACAGACGACUUUGCAUCGGACUGACUCGAUGGUAUCGCUUUGUUAUCGGACGCUUGCCAGCUUCAUCGCGGAUGACAAUCUCGAUGGUUUGCAAAGUUUUCUUGAAAAUAGAAGAACACAGGUUGAUGACCGAGAUGAGAACGGUAGCACAGCACUCAUCUUUGCAGCAGCAAAAGGAAAGAUCCAAUUUCUUCGAGAACUCAUCAAUUAUGGUGCGGACGUUAAUACAGAAGACGCGGACAAUUGGACGGCAUUACUUUGCGCAGCUAAGGAGGGUUAUACCGAGAUCUGUUCGGAAUUAUUGGAUCAUGGUGCCAAUUUGGAACAUCGUGACAUGGGUGGAUGGACACCACUUAUGUGGGCAACUUAUAAAGGUAAAUCGGAUACGGUGAAGUUAUUAAUAACACGUGGUGCUGAUGUCAAUGCUCAUGGAAACUUUCACAUAUCCUCUUUACUAUGGGCAGCUGGUAGAGGAUAUGCCGAAAUAGUUAAAGAUUUAAUUAAUCAUGGUGCUAAGGUCAACGGCGGUGAUAAAUAUGGUACUACGGCUUUAGUAUGGGGUUCUAGAAAAGGAAAUGUGGAGAUAGUUGACACAUUGUUAAAAGCUGGUGCCAAUGUCGAUACAGCUGGCAUGUAUUCAUGGACAGCUCUUCUUGUGGCGACACUUGGUAAUCAUAUAGACGUAGUUCUAUUACUUUUGGAACAUAAACCGAAUGUAAAUGCUCUUGACAAAGAUGGAUGUACGGCCUUGGCAAUAGCUUGUCGAGAGGGUCAUCACGAAAUAGCUAAUGCGCUUUUAAAUGCUGGAGCUUAUGUCAAUAUUCAAGAUAGAUCUGGUGAUACUAAUUUGAUACAUGCUGUUAAGGGUGGUCACAGAGGUGUCGUUGAAUCACUUCUUAAAAAGUAUGCUGAUGUUGAUGUUCCUGGCAAGGAUAGAAAGACUGCUACUUAUAUAGCUGCAGAAAAGGGUAAUAUAGCGAUACUAAGAUUAUUACUAAGCGCUAAUCCAGAUCUAGAAAUUGCAACAAAAGACGGUGAUACGCCAUUACUGCGAGCAGUAAGAUCGCGGUACCCCGAAAUAGUACAAUUAUUAUUAGACAAGAAAGCUAAAGUUUCCGCAACCGAUAAAAAAGGGGAUACUGCGUUACACAUUGCUAUGCGUGCAAGAUCUAAAGGCAUAGUUGAAAUAUUACUGAGGAAUCCAAAAAAUAGUCAAUUGUUGUAUCAGCCGAAUCGUCAAGGAGAAACACCAUAUAAUAUAGAUAUUAAUCAUCCUAAGACUAUCCUAGGACAAGUAUUUGGUGCUCGUCGACUUAACACUAACGAGGAUAAUGAAAAUAUGCUAGGAUAUGAUUUAUACAGUAGUGCGUUAGCAGAUAUACUGAGUGAACCUUCACUUUCAACACCGAUAACUGUUGGUCUUUAUGCCAAAUGGGGUUCCGGGAAAUCAUUUUUAUUAAAUAAAUUGAGAGAGGAAAUGAAAAAUUUUACACGUCAGUGGAUCGACCCAGUAUUCCAAUUUUCUACUUUAUUGUUCAUAGUAGUUACUCACGUGGCAUUAUUAGUUGGUGUUACAACUGGUCUUCUUGUACAAUCGUGGAUUAUUGGUCUUGUGUGUGGGAUUAGUCUUAUUUUUACUGUUUAUCUUUUCUUGGUGCUCGUUUGGUAUGCCAAUGAUAGAUAUGAUUUGGAUUGGCCAACGAAUUUUACAAUAGCACUUACAACAAAAUUAAAUUCGUUGAAGCUACUAUUGCAAAUAAUAUUUUGUCAUCCACCUGGCAGAAGUGUUCACGACGAUAUUACUGUACAACCCAUUAAAUUUUACUUCACUGAUCAAACUAGAGUCGGUACAACGGCUGCUGGUGAGAAUGCGGUUGUGCAAAUGGUUGGAUCUCUUUACGAUUCGAUAGAAAAUGAUUUUGGUUCUUUGACUACGAGAUUAUACCGAGCUUUUAGACCUAAAUUCGAUAAAUCUACCUCUACUUGGAGAUGGAGGCAUCUUUGUUGUUUACCAUACGUUGUUAUAUUUGAAUUCUGCUUCUGUAGUUUACUUAUUGGUAUAUCAGUACUUACAGUCUACCUCAUAGAUAUAUCUAGUGAUGUACAAACUAUUGAGAAGUUUACAGCGCACAUCAUUCUGAUAACUGUUGGCUUAGUAUUAACUAUCAGUAUUAUAGCAAAUUUAUAUACAUGGAGUCGGACAUUAAAAGCGCUUGUGUUCUCGCAGAGAAGACAUCUACAACAUAGUAUAUCCAAAUUAGAAACAAUAAAAAGUGAAGGUUUUAUACAAACAUUAAGAAGUGAAGUUAAUCUAAUGACUGAAAUGGUAAAAUGCUUAGAUAGCUUCAUGUCUCAACAAAGUAGGCUAGUUUUAAUAGUAGAUGGCCUAGAUAGUUGUGAACAAGAUAAAGUUCUACUUGUUCUAGAUGCUAUACAGGCUCUGUUUAGCGAUAAUGGAUACCCAUUUGUGGUGAUCUUAGCCAUUGAUCCACAUAUUAUUUCUAAGGCAGUCGAAGUAAACAGUAGAAGAUUAUUUACCGAGUCCAAUAUCGGUGGGCAUGAUUAUUUAAGAAAUAUGGUUCAUCUUCCAUUUUAUUUACAAAACAGCGGGUUACGUAAAGUUAAUGUUGCACAAGAAACAGCACAGUAUAAUAAAAAACCAACUUGGACGGAAGCUGAGGAGAGUGUUAGUUAUGCUACUUCCAGUACAAUACAUCACUCUGUUUCCAGUAGAAGAUUAAGUACUGAAUCUGCUGUUAUGAAUAGCAAUGAAAAAUUAAAACCACAGAGUAGGAAGGGCAACAGAAAAUUACGACUGAGCGAAUCUAUUGCUAGCAGUAUUGGUAGUAAUCUAAAUCGAUUAGGUGGCGCACAAGAUCUUAAUAAAAUGCUUCUCACUGAUGAUUACUUCAGCGAUGUGAAUCCACGCAGUAUGAGAAGAUUAAUGAACGUUGUUUAUGUCACUGGGAGGUUAUUGAAAGCAUUCCAGAUUGAUUUUAAUUGGUAUCAUCUAGCCAGUUGGAUCAACAUUACAGAGCAAUGGCCUUUUAGAACAUCUUGGUUAAUAUUACAUUAUGAUUCGUUUGAAAAGUCUUUGGACGAUUCCAUGUCUUUAAAAUGUCUUUAUGAUAAAGUGCGUCCACAAAUACCAGUGCUAAAGGAUGUUCAACCACUUCUUGAGAUGGACAGAGAUGAACGCAAGCUAGACGUUUUUCUAUCUUUCCACAGGUCUAGUUUACACAUUAGCGACAUGAAAAUAUUUUUACCAUUUACUAUCAAUCUUGAUCCUUAUAUAAAGAAGAAAAUAAAAGAAGAACAGCAAGGAUUUAAUGAAGAGAUCAAUGCGUCGCAUUCCAAACAAGUCACACCGUGGAAUCAACAAAGCAAUAUUUACAAUCAAAGCAAUACAAACAAAUCUGUAGCUUCUAAUCGUAGUAGUAAACUUAACAAAGCAUCAAGCUUACAGGGACAACAGUAUAUUACACCUGGACCACCGUGGGCUUUUCAACCAAAUUACAAUUGGCCUGUUUCACCUUGGCCACAUAUUCCACCUGCUGAACCUGCGCCAGUAUCACUUUCUGCAACCACUACGUUACCACCGGAAAUUCUUGAAAUGAAAUUGUCCACUUUGAAUGUGAGUGAUGUCUGCGAUCUUCUUGACCGAAUCGAAGGUUUUAAUAUUAAUCAUUCAACCCAAUAUAAGAUUUUAUUGAGGGAUAAUAAUAUUAAUGGAAGAGUUUUGCUUCAUUGUGAUUUGCAAGAAUUAAAAAAGGUUAUGAAAAUGACUUUUGGCGAUUGGGAAUUAUUUCGUAUGAUAAUCAUAUCGCUCAGAGAAUUGGAACUAACAUCAUUCAGCAGUCAAGAUGAAACUUCACGAAGUGUACGAUUUACUGUAGGACUUGAGCCCAUUGCACGGAAAGAAAACACUGUACAAACUAAUAAUUCCGUUCGCGUACCUGCUCAUACUGAAAAAGAAAAGGGAACAUCCAGAACAGAUGCACCACCUCGACGAGAUCAAGUUAAACAAUCAAUUAUGGAAAAACAGUAUCAGGUAACUUUGGAAGAACAAAUGAUAUGUGGCGCUUUACAAACCUUGAAUGAAGAAGCAUGCGAAGAUGUAUUGGAUCUCCCAAAUCCAGAAACGACAUCAACAGACUCACUUUCAGGACUAGUUUCUUCAACUCCAGAUGCGGAUUAUGUUCUACUACAAACCAAUCCACUUUUUCAUUGGGUACCGGUUAAUGAAAAGGAAAGUUCUGAUGAUAGUUCGUGCGACUCAAUGAUACAUCUACAUCGUGCUAAUUCUCAACAUAGCAUAGCUUCCCAACGAAGUACAAGAUCGACUUGUUCUCACAAUCGUAGUAGAAGUUUAAGAAGAAGUGGAAGUCAUUGCAAAAACAGACCAUCCUCUCUUUUUGUUUCUCCUCCAUCUUCACCUCUACCUGCCUUUAGAUCUAAAUCCACAGACGAAUAUUACAUGGGAAGUAAUAUACCUUUAAAACCAACAUCUUCUAUAGCUUCUUCAAUGAAGAAAAGACGUUCUGUAUCGACGGUUGGUGAUGAUGCAAUAAUAACAAUAUGUGGUUCUUCACCAGCAGUGUCAAUUUCUGUUCCACACUCUAGUUUGGAAAAAUUAUCUAAAUUAAAAGACCGUUUGAUUGGGACAACUUCGAACACAUCUGCAGCUGCUGACAGUGAUGACGAAUCUACACCUUUGGUAUCAGAAUUAUCAACACCAACGCAUUCUCAAUCUGACAGUGUCUUUAGAAAUGAAUUCAGUCCAGAUAACACUAGCGAUAUUUCAGCUGAUUCAAAUAAAGGUUUAUCGCACGGUGGCGAAAGAUUAGCUAUGAAACAAAUUAUUAAUGAUAUAGAUUAAUAAAAUACAUUAAAGUAGAAUGAAUUAAGAUAGGAUGAGAGUAAUAAAUUUUGAUAAAUAACUCAAAUAUUUCUAUAAACUUUUAUUAUAUGUAAUUCUCUCUUAUGAAGUUCUACUUUGAUUAGUUUUAUGUUCUCAAAGAAAAUCAGAUCAAGUGAUUUAAA